GUUUUGAAAAAGAAAGACGGAAUCAUGGAUAAUUUAUUUUAAAAAGACAAAAUAUCACUACACUAUUGUGGAUAUUUUGUUCGGUUUUUGUCGUGAAAAAAGAAGCAGAUUUACAAUAUGGCUGCCGAUCAUCAUCAAACAUCCAAUAAUCAAAUUGUAAUGAAAUCUAACAAAUCGGAAUUAUUAUUGUUUAAUAAAAUAUGUUUAAAAGAGAAUAAUCGACUGAGACGUUUACAUAAUUGUCCUGAAUUGAAAUUAAGUCAUCGUUUAAUGAAAUCGGCACAAAUUCAUUCGGAAUAUUUACAAGAAUUACGUCAAUUACAACAAAUCACUGAUAUAGAAUAUGGUCAAAAUAUGGCUUUAAUAAUUGGUCAACAAACUUAUAAAAUUGCAGGACUCAAUGCAAUACGAGCAUGGUAUAAACAAUCAGAAAAUUAUGACUAUGAAGAUGAUUAUCAAGAAUAUAAAGGAAAGUUAUUUUUAUGUUUUGUUUUGUUGACUACUUAUGAACUGACUUUAUCUUCAAAUAAUCUUUGUUUCGGUUCUAGUAAAACAAGACGUUAUUUCACUCAAAUGAUUUGGAAGAAAACUAGAAAAGUUGGAUUCGGUUUUACAAAAUCUGACGUGGGCAAUACAAUUUUUGUAGUUGGACAUUAUUUACCAGCUGGUAAUAAAACUUCUGAAUAUCAUGAUAAUGUUCUACCAAGAAAAAAAAGAGCUCGUGAUAUAGCGGACCAGGAUAAUCGUUCAAAUCAUUCUGACAAAAAUGUCAAAGAAUAUCAGAAAUCUUGUUCCAACGGUCAGUGUGUGGUAAUGUGA